ACCGUGAGGACCAAUCAAUUCUCUGCACAGGUGAAUCGGGUGCUGGGAAGACUGAAAACACUAAGAAGGUUAUUCAAUAUCUUGCUCAUGUUGCUUCCUCCCAUAAAGGAAGAAAGGACCAUAAUAUUCCUCCCGAAUCACCUAAACCCGUGAAACAUCAGGGGGAGCUGGAACGUCAGCUUCUUCAGGCGAAUCCCAUUCUGGAAUCCUUCGGGAAUGCAAAGACAGUGAAAAAUGACAACUCCUCCCGCUUUGGCAAGUUCAUUAGGAUUAACUUUGAUGUUACUGGUUACAUUGUUGGGGCCAACAUUGAGACAUACUUGUUGGAGAAGUCUCGUGCUGUUCGUCAGGCUAAAGAUGAGCGGACGUUUCAUAUCUUCUAUCAACUCCUCGCUGGAGCAGGAGAACACCUGAAGUCUGACUUGCUCCUUGAAGGAUUUAACAAUUACAGAUUUUUAUCUAAUGGCUACAUCCCCAUUCCUGGGCAACAAGACAAGGAUAACUUUCAGGAGACUAUGGAAGCCAUGCAUAUCAUGGGAUUUUCACACGACGAGAUCUUGUCGAUGCUGAAAGUGGUGUCUUCAGUGUUACAGUUUGGAAAUAUUUCCUUUAAGAAGGAGAGAAAUACUGACCAAGCUUCUAUGCCGGAGAAUACUGUCGCACAGAAACUCUGCCAUCUGCUGGGAAUGAACGUCAUGGAGUUUACCCGGGCCAUACUGACACCGCGCAUCAAAGUUGGCAGAGACUACGUUCAGAAAGCCCAGACCAAAGAGCAAGCAGACUUUGCAGUGGAAGCUUUGGCAAAGGCCACCUAUGAACGCCUCUUCCGGUGGCUUGUUCACCGCAUCAACAAAGCUUUGGACAGGACCAAACGACAGGGAGCGUCUUUUAUUGGAAUUUUGGAUAUUGCUGGAUUUGAAAUCUUCGAGUUGAACUCCUUUGAGCAACUCUGCAUCAACUACACCAAUGAGAAGCUUCAGCAGUUAUUUAACCACACAAUGUUUAUCCUGGAGCAAGAGGAGUACCAACGAGAGGGUAUAGAGUGGAAUUUCAUUGACUUUGGACUGGAUCUGCAGCCUUGCAUUGACUUAAUUGAAAGACCUGCCAAUCCUCCUGGUGUGUUAGCAUUACUGGAUGAAGAAUGCUGGUUCCCUAAAGCUACUGACAAGACAUUUGUGGAAAAAUUGGUCCAAGAGCAAGGAACCCACUCCAAGUUCCAAAAGCCAAGACAGCUGAAGGACAAAGCAGAUUUCUGCAUUAUUCAUUAUGCAGGGAAGGUAGACUACAAGGCCGAUGAGUGGUUGAUGAAGAAUAUGGACCCUCUGAAUGACAAUGUGGCUACACUCUUGCACCAGUCUUCUGACAAAUUUGUUGCAGAGCUGUGGAAGGAUGAGAUUCAGAAUAUUCAGAGAGCCUGUUUCUAUGACAAUAUUACUGGUCUUCAUGAUCCACCAGUGGAUCGUAUUGUGGGUUUGGAUCAGGUCACUGGCAUAACAGAGACGGCUUUUGGCUCUGCGUACAAGACCAAGAAGGGCAUGUUUCGUACUGUUGGCCAACUCUACAAAGAAUCUCUCACCAAGCUAAUGGCAACGCUCCGAAACACUAAUCCCAAUUUUGUUCGCUGCAUCAUUCCAAAUCAUGAAAAGAGGGCUGGAAAACUGGAUCCACAUCUGGUUCUAGAUCAGCUUCGUUGCAACGGUGUUUUGGAAGGAAUAAGGAUUUGUCGACAAGGAUUUCCAAACAGGAUAGUGUUCCAGGAAUUUAGACAGAGGUAUGAGAUCCUUACUCCCAACGCAAUUCCAAAAGGUUUUAUGGAUGGUAAGCAAGCCUGUGAGCGUAUGAUCAGAGCAUUAGAGCUGGACCCCAACUUAUACAGAAUUGGACAGAGCAAGAUCUUUUUCCGAGCUGGUGUCUUGGCACACUUGGAAGAAGAACGGGAUCUGAAGAUCACAGACAUUAUCAUCUUCUUCCAGGCAGUGUGUAGAGGAUACCUGGCUAGGAAGGCCUUUGCAAAGAAACAACAGCAGCUGAGUGCACUGAAAAUCCUGCAGAGGAAUUGUGCUGCAUAUUUGAAGCUUAGGCACUGGCAGUGGUGGAGAGUCUUCACAAAGGUGAAGCCUCUUCUUCAGGUCACUCGUCAAGAAGAAGAACUUCAAGCCAAGGAUGAGGAGCUCAUGAAGGUGAAAGAAAAACAGACAAAAGUGGAGGCAGAACUUGAGGAAAUGGAAAGGAAACAUCAACAGCUUCUAGAAGAGAAGAACAUUCUUGCAGAGCAGCUGCAGGCUGAGACAGAGCUCUUCGCAGAAGCUGAGGAGAUGAGGGCACGCUUGGCUGCCAAAAAACAAGAGUUGGAAGAAAUUCUCCACGAUUUGGAGUCCAGGGUUGAAGAAGAAGAAGAAAGAAACCAGAUAUUGCAGAAUGAGAAAAAGAAAAUGCAGGGCCAUAUUCAGGACCUGGAGGAACAGCUUGAUGAGGAGGAGGGAGCUCGACAGAAGUUGCAGCUUGAAAAAGUGACAGCUGAAGCUAAGAUCAAGAAGAUGGAAGAAGAGAUCCUAUUGUUGGAGGACCAAAAUUCCAAAUUUUUGAAGGAAAAGAAGCUGAUGGAGGAUCGAAUUGCUGAAUGUACUUCUCAGUUAGCUGAAGAAGAAGAAAAGGCCAAAAACUUGGCCAAGCUCAAGAACAAGCAGGAAAUGAUGAUCACUGAUUUGGAAGAGCGUUUAAAAAAGGAGGAGAAGACCCGCCAAGAAUUAGAAAAAGCUAAAAGAAAACUUGAUGGUGAAACAACAGACCUACAGGACCAAAUAGCUGAGCUGCAAGCCCAGAUUGAAGAACUGAAGAUCCAGCUGGCCAAGAAAGAGGAAGAACUGCAGGCAGCACUUGCUAGAGGUGAUGACGAAGCAGUUCAGAAAAACAAUGCACUGAAAGUGGUAAGAGAGUUGCAGGCUCAAAUUGCAGAACUCCAGGAGGAUCUUGAAUCUGAGAAGGCAUCCCGCAACAAGGCAGAAAAGCAGAAGAGGGAUUUAAGUGAAGAGUUAGAGGCUUUAAAAACUGAACUGGAAGAUACCUUGGAUACCACUGCAGCACAGCAAGAGCUGAGGACAAAGCGUGAGCAGGAAGUGGCUGAACUGAAGAAAGCUAUUGAAGAGGAAACCAAAAACCAUGAAGCACAGAUCCAGGAAAUCAGGCAGAGGCAUGCUACUGCCCUGGAAGAGCUCUCUGAACAACUUGAACAGGCCAAAAGGUUCAAAGCAAAUCUUGAAAAAAACAAGCAAGGCCUAGAGUCUGACAACAAGGAGUUAGCCUGUGAAGUGAAGGUACUGCAGCAGGUCAAGGCAGAGUCUGAACAUAAGAGGAAGAAGCUUGAUGCUCAGGUGCAAGAGCUAACUGCUAAGGUUACAGAAGGAGAAAGACUGAGGGUGGAGCUGGCGGAGAAAGCUAACAAGCUGCAGAACGAGUUGGAUAAUGUCUCAAGUCUCUUGGAGGAAGCAGAGAAGAAAGGCAUUAAGUUUGCCAAGGAUGCGGCUAGUUUGGAAUCUCAGCUUCAGGAUACACAGGAGCUGCUUCAGGAAGAAACCCGCCAGAAACUCAACCUGAGCAGUAGGAUCAGGCAGCUGGAAGAGGAGAAGAACAACCUGCAAGAGCAGCAGGAAGAAGAAGAAGAAGCCAGAAAAAACUUGGAGAAACAGAUGCUCGCCUUGCAGUCACAGUUGGCUGAUGCUAAGAAGAAGGUAGAUGAUGACUUGGGAACCAUUGAGGGUUUGGAGGAAAAUAAGAAGAAAUUACUGAAGGAUAUGGAGUCCUUAAGCCAACGCCUGGAGGAGAAGGCAAUGGCUUAUGACAAACUGGAAAAGACGAAGAAUCGCCUGCAGCAAGAGCUGGAUGACCUGAUGGUAGAUCUAGAUCAUCAACGCCAGAUUGUUUCGAACUUGGAGAAGAAGCAGAAGAAGUUUGAUCAGAUGCUGGCAGAAGAAAAGAACAUUUCUGCCAGAUAUGCGGAGGAAAGAGACCGUGCUGAAGCAGAAGCAAGGGAGAAGGAAACCAAAGCAUUGUCUCUGGCUCGGGCUUUGGAAGAAGCCCUGGAAGCUAAGGAAGAAUUCGAAAGACAGAACAAACAGUUGCGUGCAGAUAUGGAAGACUUAAUGAGCUCUAAAGAUGACGUGGGCAAAAAUGUUCAUGAACUGGAGAAGUCGAAGCGAACUUUAGAGCAACAGGUUGAAGAGAUGAGGACUCAGCUUGAGGAACUGGAAGAUGAACUGCAGGCCACAGAAGAUGCUAAGCUUCGCUUGGAAGUGAACAUGCAGGCCAUGAAAGCCCAGUUUGAGAGAGAUCUGCAAGCCAGAGAUGAACAGAAUGAAGAGAAAAAGAGGAUGCUGGUUAAACAAGUGCGAGAGCUGGAGGCGGAACUGGAAGAUGAGCGCAAACAGAGGGCUCUUGCUGUGGCAGCCAAGAAGAAAAUGGAGAUGGAUCUGAAAGACCUGGAAGGUCAGAUAGAAGCUGCAAACAAGGCUCGAGAUGAAGCAAUCAAACAGCUACGUAAGCUGCAGGCUCAAAUGAAAGACUACCAGCGGGAGCUGGAAGAAGCCCGUGCGUCCAGAGACGAGAUCUUCGCACAGUCCAAAGAGAGUGAAAAGAAGCUCAAAGGUCUUGAAGCAGAAAUACUCCAGCUCCAAGAGGAAUUUGCUGCCUCCGAAAGAGCCCGUCGUCAUGCUGAGCAAGAAAGGGACGAGUUGGCCGAUGAGAUCGCAAACAGCGCGUCAGGAAAGUCAGCGCUGCUGGAUGAGAAGCGCCGGCUGGAAGCUCGUAUUGCACAGUUGGAGGAAGAGCUCGAGGAGGAGCAGAGCAACAUGGAGCUUCUCAAUGAACGGUUCCGAAAGACCACGCUGCAGGUUGACACGCUUAAUUCUGAGCUAGCUGGGGAGCGGAGUGCUGCCCAGAAGAGUGAAAAUGCACGGCAGCAGCUGGAAAGGCAGAACAAGGAGCUAAAAGCCAAGCUGCAGGAACUGGAGGGAUCUGUGAAGUCGAAGUUCAAGGCAACCAUUUCUACUCUAGAAGCCAAGAUUGUGCAACUAGAAGAACAGCUUGAGCAGGAAGCCAAUGAAAGAGCAGCUGCUAACAAACUGGUGCGUCGUACAGAGAAGAAACUGAAGGAAGUUUUCAUGCAGGUGGAGGAUGAGCGUCGACAUGCAGACCAGUACAAGGAGCAGAUGGAAAAGGCAAAUGCCAGAAUGAAGCAGCUCAAACGCCAGCUGGAGGAGCCCCGACGUAAACUUCAGCGAGAGCUGGACGAUGCCACAGAGGCGAACGAGGGCCUGAGCCGGGAGGUCAGCACCCUGAAGAACAGGCUAAGGUAA